CCUGCCAGCUCUCAGCCCCCCAUCAGGACCCCAUUACUCCUUGCCCCCUAGCGCUCCCGACUCCACCAUGCCAAGAGGCUUCCUGGUGAAGCGAACUAAACGGACAGGCGGCUCCUACCGAGUGCGUCUAGUCGAGCGGGUCUUCCCCCUGCUGGAUCACCAGGGGGUGCCGCCCUUCCCCAAGGAGACUUCCAGUGCCCCUCAGCCCGGUGCGGAGCAUGCAGCACUCCCUACCCCAGAAGAGCCCGGAAAGGGGCUGGAGGAGGAGGCGGCCCGCGAACUGUUGGGGUCGCCUUGUCGGGCGCCUGGGGUGAGCCCAGGAGCGGACGGGCGGGAAGGCGCCGAGUGGAAGGUGGAUGGCAGAGAGGGUCCCGGGCCCAGCCCCAGCCCGGCGAAGCCAGUGGGUGCGGAGCUGCGCCGGGCGUUCCUGGAGCGCUGCCUCAGUUCUCCCGUCUCCGCUGAGUCCUUCCCCGGGGGCGCCGCCGCCGUGGCGGCUUUUUCCUGCUCAGUGGCACCAGCAGCCGCACCGACCUCGGGGGAGCAGUUCCUGCUGCCACUCCGGGCACCGUUCCCAGAGCCCGCGCUCCAUCCGGACCCCGCGCCCCUUUCUGCCACCCUGCAUGGCCUGAAGCGGCCUGUUGCCGGCGAACGCCGCGCCAAAGCACCUCCGGGCUGCGUGUCUGGACCGGUGGCUGUGGGAGUCAAGAAACCAAAGGCCAUGAGGAAGUUGAGCUUCGCCGAUGAAGUGACCACGUCCCCUGUCCUGGGCCUGAAGAUCAAGGAGGAGGAGCCCGGAGCCCCUUCUCGAGGUCUGGGGGGCAGCCGCACGCCCCUGGGGGAGUUCAUUUGCCAGCUGUGCAAGGAGCAGUAUGCGGACCCUUUCGCGCUGGCUCAGCAUCGCUGCUCCCGCAUCGUGCGCGUUGAGUACCGCUGCCCCGAGUGCGACAAGGUCUUCAGCUGCCCAGCGAACCUCGCCUCCCAUCGCCGCUGGCACAAGCCGCGUCCCGCAGCUGCAAAUGUCGCCACAGUCUCCUCAACUGACGGGAAGCCUUCUUCGUCCUCCCCGGAUUCUGGGACGGUUGCAUCUUUCCUGGCGGAGGGGAAGGAGAACAGUCGGGCAGAGAGAACUGAGGAUCAGCACCCGCAGGCCAGGGACAGCUCCGCGGCGGAGCAGCACCCAGACAGCGCCCCAUCCCAGGGCCUCCAGGUGUUGUCCCACCUCGAGGCACCGCUGCCUCGGGUCCCCUACCCGGAGGGGAUUUUGGGGCACCGGGUGCCUGGGCUGGGCAGUGCCAGUGGUGUUGGGGGACCUGAGAUCUUUGUGUGCCCUUAUUGCCACAAAAAGUUCCGUCGCCAAGCCUAUCUGCGCAAGCACUUGGGCACUCACGAAGCGGGCUCGGCCCGCGCGCUUGCCCCGGGCUUUGGCUCCGAACGCGGCGCCCCACUGGCCUUCGCUUGCCCGCUGUGCGGGGCGCACUUCCCGUCCGCCGAUAUCAGGGACAAGCACCGGCUGUGGCAUGCUGUCCGCGAGGAGCUUCUCCUGCCGGCUUUAGCCGGGGCGACCCCCGAAGUGCCGAGCCCAGGCGGGGCAUCGGACGGGAGUGCUCAGCAAAUUUUCUCGUGCAAGCACUGCCCGUCCACUUUUUUUAGCUCCCCGGGGCUGACCCGGCACAUCAAUAAGUGCCACCCCUCAGAAAGUCGGCAGGUACUGCUGCUGCAGAUGCCAUUGCGGCCGGGCUGUUGAGGGCCGGGAGACCCGCAAGAUUGCGAGGUUGGCCUUGGAGGAAACAGAUCUUGGGAAUUUGUGGGUCUUUUCUUCAACUUGCAAGUUUACCCUAUUUCCUUCUGUAUUUUCUCUUCUAAAAGUCCCAGUAGUCAAUGUUCCGCCAGAGGAGCGGACAGCGAAAUGUAAAAUCCCUCUCUAGAACAGGUAUGUAUAUGGUAUAAACAUUCGUGGUCAAGGACCGUCAGCUUUAAAUCCUUCUCACUUUCCCCAAGAAAAUAGUAUCCCCCCGUCCCCAAACUGCAGGCCCCAGUGAAUCCUAUGACUUGUAAUUCCUAUGGAAAGUCGCAGUGAAUGCGUGCGUCUCAAUGUCUACAAAGGAUUCCAGCUAUCCAAAGUGGUAGUCAUUAUUUUUUUUUUCAUGCCAUCGCAGGCACCUAUGUAGUUUCUGUCUCAAUGGGGUCAGAUAUCUUGCAUUGUAUAUUCUGUGAAUUAAGUUAUGUGAUUGGUGCCAAACUUGGGGAGGCGGGCGGGGGGGCAGCUAAGACCUAUGUCUGUA